CUAAGCUCACAGUGCGCUUGGUCUUCUUUGUCAUUUUGACAGAUAAUGGAGCCAGUGAACUCAGAUGAGACCGCUGACAGUCAGUUUGUUGUCCCACCAUCUCCACCUUCUCAUGUUCCUCCUACACUGAGGGACGGGGAGUGUUUCCAUGUCUUCAUUAGCUACAGCAGCACUGACUACCAGUGGACUCACGCCAUCAUCAACCACCUGGAGUCCUGUGGCUUGCAUGUCUGCUACCAUGAGCGUGACUUCACCCCUGGGCGCACAGUGUUGGAGAACAUGUCUGAGUGCAUCCAGGAGAGCCAGAAGGUGCUGCUGGUUCUCAGUCCAGAGUUUGUGAGGAGCCGCUGGUGUCUCCUGGAGGCCAACAUGUCUCUGUUCAGAGACUGCCUAGAGAGGAAACCCAUUGUCCCAGUGUUGCUGCAGCCAGGAGUAUCAGUUCCUCUCCACCUCUGCCACCUCACCUAUCUGGAGGCAAAUGAUCCUGACUUAAUGAACAAGCUGCUCAAGGUUCUCUGCACCCCCAACAAGCAGCUCCAAGGCUCUACUGUGGUGCCUUUCCAGCCUCCCUCUAUCUACAAUGGGAAGGCCCUGCAGCCAUUGACUGCUGUCAAUGAUGAGGCGCUCAAUGCAUGGGAUUCAGGACGGUUCAGUGACAUGGAGGUGCCAGAACAACUGCGACUGGUCAUUGAGGACCAGGAGAGAUACAGGACAGCUGUGCAGAUGAUCAACAAUGUCUCUCAAAACUGGUUGCGACCACUCUGGCUUAGAGUACUGAUGUACAUUGGUGGUGUGAUAGCAUUCUUAGUGUUGGUUGCUUCAUGUAUAUUUACAGUCGCAGUCAUAAGUAGUCAGUUUUUGUUCAAACCUGAAAAAGGACCUAUGGGAUUAUGGUGGCUCAGUCUCAUUGUUCCGUUCAUUGUUCCAAUUGGGCUACUUAUUCAUCUCAGUCUUUGGAAGAAUGUUGAUGAAAAGUACAUUGUGAGGAAGAUGCAGAAAGCUGUAGGUCAGGCAAACACGGUCCUUUCUAAGGAGAAGGUGUUAAUAGGCUGUCGGUCCAAUUCCAAACUCUAUCUGGUGUAUGUUUCUCUGGAGGGAUGCAAACAAGAGGUCGCAAACACAUUUUCAGACGAGGAUGGCAAUGCUGAUGAUAUGUUUCAAAGAGCUCUGAUUUUCUUCUCAUCAGGCUACGCCUGCAGCCUUGCCAAGAGACACUUCCCUUUUCCCCAGCCCAGCUCCACUGGUCACCUAGAGGGAGGGGUGUGUUUCUGUCAGUAUGUCUCACAGCAGCUGAGCAGAGGAGAAUGGACAUAGGAGUAUGUAAAAUAUGCUGUGCAAUUCACUAUAUGUAGAAUUCAACAUUCAUACAUGUCCACAAUCCUUUCACAGACCAUAACAAAGCACACUGCCAAAAGUAGAACAGAGGUAGAGCAGUGUUUUGCAGUUUCAACUUCUUGACAUUAUCUCUGUUUCUUAUACUCUUCAUCAUUUUUGGUUUGAUUUCCAUGUGUUGUGGACAGUUGUGAUCGUGCAUUACUGUGUACAGUAUGUUUCCUUAUCAUUUGUAAACAGCACUGUGUCUCUGUCUGUAUGUCUUCCAGCAGCGGUGAACAGAGAAUAAUAAGAUGUAAUGUGAUAUAUGGAAAUGAGUGUUGUUGUCCUUGGAUUCUUUUUAUUAAUUUACAGUGUAUUCAAAUUUCCAAAUAAUAAUUUCGCUAAUACACACUUUGCCGUUCAUUUUAUUUUGUAAACCUUUAUUGACAAAACAGUGACAUGUUGUAAAAGUGAUUUUGCCUUCUGUGUCGUGCAUUCAGUCUUGCUUACUGUCAUCAUUUUCAGACAUUAAUGUCC